AUGGAAGAAAAAUACCAUUUCUCCCACAGCCUUGUCGAUAACUUCACAUUUUUGGCAGAAGCCCUCGAUGCUGGAAAACGGCAAAAGUCCGCCCUCCAUCCCGACGUUGACAGCCGAAACGACCAUGAAAUAGUAGCGAGGCGUUUUCCAUGGAAAAGCUCCAAGAAGGGAAGCAUCAGGCUUUUUUCUCCAGAAAGAAAUGUUGAUCGGCAUGCUGGAGCUUCUUGAGAAGGACCGUAUGUUGAGGUGAACCGCGUGUCCGCGCAGGAGGCGGGAUCUUUUUGAGGUCAGCCGCUGGUUCGUUCACAAAGAAGCUUUCUCGUAAGCGUAUGCCUGUGGGCUAGAAAUGUUGGCUGGCGAAGAUCAUUUCGUUGCACAAAAAAACUUACAAAAGUCAGAAAAAAAAAUUGAAUCAAUGUGACUUUUUCAAUGAAAAGAGACGACUUGAAAAUUGAGAAAAGGUACUCCCACCUACUUUAUUUUGAAGUUUUUCAAUUAUCUGAAAUAUGAACCUUAAUAACCAUUUUUAUUUCUCUGGCUUUCGGGAAAAUUUUCUUAAAAACAAAAAUUCUAUUUUCUUUCAGAUGGCGCCCGUUCAUUCUCUCCAAAAAACCCAAUGGCAAUGGAGCCCUCCAGAUAGUUUAAUCGGCGAAAAACCAUGGUCUGAGCCAGAAUUUUAUUUCUGCCUCUAUCAGGUCAUUUUCACUGCGGCAGAGAAGCAAAUGCCUUUUACGCACUCGACUUUUUUGCAUUUGUGUCAAGUUGAACAAAAGCUAGAAAAAAAUGAGGUUGGCUGCUUGAUGUUUUCUUGAAUUAAAUUUUUUGAAUUUUUCAGAAACUUGACGAGAUCGAGCAAAAGUUGAUUAGAGGACCUGCUCGAAACCGUUUUCUCCUGUUGAAAGACUUCAUAAAUGAUUCCAUCAUGAAGUCGCCGUACAAAUGCGCUUACUAUUUCGAAAAGCUUUACCGAAAAAUCUACGCAAUGAAGUUCGAUCAAGAAGCGGCCUAUCAGAAUUUCCCGAUUUUCGCCGUCGCCCUUCACCGCCAAACUUGCGACCGAGUCAUUUUUGGAGAGAGCUAUGGCUUCUUCAUUCACAGCAGCUCUCUGGACGGACCGAUGCAAUCGAAAGUUCCAGUGUUUUCCAGCUUCAAAGAUAAAACGGUCGGUUCUUCCCAUUAGACUUCAUUCAUCAAGAGUUCUACACUCAAGCUCUCAUUUGUUUUGAAAAUAUGGAAUCAAAAAGGAUAUUUACUGCUGAUGAAAAUUUAGAAUUUUGAGUGAUAAAAGUUUUUCAUAGGUUGAAAAUAGAGAUAAUUUUCAGGUCAUGCCGGCCGACGGCUUGUCUUUUCUCAGCUCUUCGCUUCUCCUGGUGAAAGAAGUCCGGGGAGCGAAGAUUUUCUGCUUGAGACCUGAACGAAGCGCAAUUGAGACUUUUUCUUUGAGACUCACGGACAACUACGGACAAUGCAAGUCUUCGAAUAAUCGAUACCUAACUGACAUAAGAUUCAAUCGGGACAUCUUAUUUUCUGGAACCAACUUGAAUGAUAAUCAUUACCUCAUCCUGGCAGCUUCUGCUACCUACUUCCUUUUGCAUUUGUUAGAAGUUGAGCGUCUACUUUUUUGUCAGACUUUCAUAACCUCUGACUUUGUCGAAUGCUUCUGUAAGCGUGACAUUGAAAUCAGAGAAAUGCAUUUCUUCGAUGUUGUCUUCGAGCAGCCCGGCGAUUAUGAAAAAAUGAACGACCACUUCAUCAAAAUUUCCACCACUAAGAAAUAAUUUUUUGUCUCCAACAAUUCUUAGCUGUUUUUUUUGAAAAGUCAGAGUAAAUCAAACAGCCUCACCAAGUAUUAACUUUCUCAUGUUUUAUUGUUGUCUUAUUCGAAUGAACUUUUAUUUUAUGGAUGUGGGUCAGUUUCUAAACUUAAUAAGGGCAAAAAAACCGUGAAUCUCAAAACAAUAUUCUUAUAUUCCAUUUUAGCCGAAAAUGCGAUUUUCAAAUUUUCUUUUUCACAAAUAUGGCAAACGGAUGUGGGUGGUUUUCUCACAAGCUCAAGCUUUGAUGAACCGACUGGGAACGUUGUUGCGCCCUCGUCAGCAAACGCCGACAAAAGGCUAAAAAAAAGGUGCUGUUGCGCAACAGCUUGGGAAUUCGUUUUCAAAUUCUCCAACCGAUUCCACCCAUUCUUUAUACGGUGAAGAAAGAUGAAAUACAUAGAAUCGGGAAACGUUCGUAGACUUUUCUCUUUAAAGUUAUAGAAAGCAGGAAACUUUGAAUUUCUCUUCUUCGGAAUUCAAAUCUCGUGAGCUUGGGGCUAAUGUGAAAAAAUCGAGUUUAAAGCUUCUUUUCAAAUUCUGUAGAGAUUUCUGUAAGUUUUAAAACACCUUGCUUUUCAAAAAUUGUGUACUUUUAGAAACUGUUUUUUUUUUCAACGUUGUGGACGGUUAGAAGCAGCUGCUUUUGUUUAUUUCAGCUCAUGAGACGGAUGUGGGAUCGAAUAAGGCUCCGAACAAAAGCGCCCAAAAACACUUUUUCGCGCGACUCAUCUUCUUUUCUUUGUGGCCGCGGCUUAAAAACUGUGAAGACAUCUGGCUGACCUUUUUGAUGUAUAAACAACUGGACGCAUUCAAAAUUCCAAUGAAGGAACAUUUGAAAACAACUGAAAAGUAAAUCCAUCAAUCCCAAAUGAUAUGGAUGGUUCUUCUCUAUUAGUUUCAGAUUAAGAUUUGACUUUUCGGAAAAAAAUGAUGUUUCGAAUCUCGACAUGGACAUUCUAAUUUUCAAAGUUUAAGGUUUUCUGCUCACAGCUAUAGCCUAAGUUAAACAUAGAGAAUUUUCCAAGUUUAACUUAGGCUAUAGCUGUGAGCAGAAAAGUUAGAAAUACUUUUGCGUUUUGUAUAAAUCAGAUCGUUUAAUAAUGGUAAAAAAAUAAUCUGAAAGAGAAAAGAGGCUCUUUUCAUAUCUUCUCACACUUUUUUUCCUGUUUCCCUUCAAAUUAUUAAAUUUCUCAAACAAAAUUUAAAGUGAUUUCGUUUCAAAAAAAUAUUCUAUUUCCGACCGUUGUUUCACAUGAAAGUGAAAAAAAUGUAAAUUAUCGACGGCAUGGAAAAAUCCAACUAAAAUUCUGAUGUUCCCGUACAUCGUAGAAAUGUUCGUUUUUUGAGCUUUCUCACAACACCGAUCGCGGUAUUUUGACAGAUCGACAAAAUAUUUUCCACUCGAUCACAAAAAACAAUUAGAUUUUGUCUUGAUGCUCAGCCGAAUUUGAAUAACAAAAAACUGAUCAACAAAGUUGUAAAAAUAUUUACCGUGGAACGAUCCGACGUCUUCUGUGAGAAUUCUGGAAGACUCUGUUGUUAUUCAACUUUGGACAAAGAUCUUUGUAACAUGGGAAUUCUAGUCGAAAUAUCGGAUUCACUGCAAAGUCAAUGAAAAUUCUUUGUGAAUAGUUGAUUGAAAUUUUGACAAACAAUAUCUUCAGUGUGGUUUAAAAUAGCUGAAACAGGGGAAACAGGUUAAAAAUCGGAAAAAAAGGUUUCUGAGUCUUUUUUAUUUAUUGUAUGAAGUUUGAAAAGACUGCGCAAGAAGCGACUGUAAGGAAUCUUCGUUUCGCUACUGAAAUGUUAUCUGAAAAAAUCUCAAAAUUUUGGGUAAGUCUCACUUGUAUGACUCAUUAUGUAAGAAUCUUUAAACCCAUUUUGGAACAUUUUUCAGAUUUUUUUGAGAGUUACCUGCAGUUGAUUAGAUGAUCAACACUUCAGUAAUCUCGCCCCGAAAUACAAUAUGAUCAUCCAUAGAAGCUAUUCGUUUCGGAGCUCAAAAUGACAGCUGCACCAUCUCUUUUUCCUUCUUCUCCGCUCUUCAACUUUAAUGACCAUGAAGAACAACGAUAUGGGCGAUUUGAAUCGUUGAUCAAAAAAGUCGAAGAGCCAUAACAAGGAUUGAAUUCCCACGCCGGGGCAUUCGUGCCUGCCAGUGUGUUCUCGCCACGGCGCUGUACGCAGUUCUGGCACGGAAGGCGUUGAAUCACCAUGGAUCUUUCCUUUCGCUCUUCUUGCCUUUUCAAAACUGAAUGCCGCGAAAUCAAAGGCGUCUGUCCGAACUUUCUUGUCGUUUUUCUUCUGCACUGGGACUGUCUUUUUCCUUUUCCUGACUCUAUCGAUUUUCAGCGAUGAAGGUCAAAGAAGUCUUCACCAUCGAGUUCUUCUUGUACGUCUGCUUCCACCACGUGAUAGUGAUCAUGGCGAUGUUGGCCUACAAGAAGCUGGAAAGUCCCUUCCUGGCCGGCGUGAUCGUCACCUUCGAGAUCCAUCACCUGUCUUGCUGGAUCAUCAAUAUGGCCCAGAUGCCGCCGGGACCCAUACCGAUUCCAAUUUUUGGACACGCUCAACUGGUUAGUUACUUUUCUUUUAUCAUAUAAACAGCAGACUUCUUUACACACUGUCUCUAAAAUAUUUUUUGAGUUUGAUUAAAUUCUAAUCAAUGUGACUAUCCCAUCAUCAGAAGUACGGGCACAAGUUUUUGAGCCAUUCCCUCUUACUGUAGCCAAGUUACGGUAGGUAGGUGGCCACCUGCGCAUCUAAGAUUUGAUGAGUUUUUAUGGGCAAGUUGCAUAUCUAUCGACAAGUACUGCAAAUUGGAACUUUUUCAAUACAUACCAAGUUUCUAAAAUUGCAUUACCUAUCGAUUGAUAUACACCUUAACCAUAAAGACUCAUAAAUUCUUAGAUACGCAGAUGGCCAUCCGCCUACCGUAACCCGGCCGCAGCAACAGGAAAUAGCUUGAGAAAUGGUGUCCGCGUUCCUGAUGAUAGCGAUGGCUAUAAUUAUUGCAGCUUGAUAUCAAUCAUCCCGAGAAGCUGCUCAAUCGCUACCGGAAGUUGUACGGCGACAUUUUCACAGUUUAUCUGCCGAGUUUGUGGUGUGAAAAAGGGGAAUAUGACACAUGGUUUCAGUGCCGGUCGUGGUCGUCACCAGCUUUAAGUACGCGUAUGAAGUGGCUGUGACAAACGGUAAAAAGGAAUGAGUUUUAAAAAAUUAAGAUUUUUUUUUCGAAGAAGUCAGAAAAUCUGUGCUCAGAGUGUACCGUUUUUUGAGCUCUGAGCCGAUAAAUUGAAAAUUCGAUUUAGGCGUUUUAGUACAUCGAGUUACAAAUUUUUGCUGUUAUAGGUUUCAACCUUGUUUCUAACGAAAAACUGUUUGAUUUCGGUCAAUCAUAUACUUCUUGGAAAAGCUCCAGUAGCAAUUCUUCAGAAUAAAUGAAUUAAUUUUACUCAAAAAAUUCAAAUACUGCAAUGAAGAAACUUUUUCCUAAAAUACAUUGAAAACUUUCUCAGGAUCUUCUUCCAACGGUCGGAGCCAUUCUUUCCAGUUCACUUACUUCACGAAAGACGCAGUCAAUGGGGAUGGUCUCAUCUUGUCUCAGGGCGAGAAAUGGCUCAAAAUUCGCGCUUUUACCCAUCGUUUCUUGACGUACAUAGAAAAUUUCAAGAUCUUUGAUUUUUGUCCAUCUUGAGAGUUUUCAGGCGAACUGGUAUUUAUGGGAGACACGGCACUCUCACAGCCGAAAUCCACAACCAAUGCAUCCAACUCGAGAAGGAAUUCUUCGAAUUAUCGAAAGCCAAGGCACAAACAUUUAUUUUGAAGUGCUGACAGAAGUUUCUACAGAAAGCUGUCGACAUCACUCAUGCUCUCAGCGUCGCUGUCGCCAACGUCAUCCAAGAAAUAACGAUUGGACGUCGGUACGAAUACGAUGAUCCCGAGUUCAGAACGGCUAGGGACAACAUAAAAGCUGUAGUCAAGCUGGUUCGAAUUUAAAAAAUGAAUGAUUAUUUUUUCCACUAUUACCAGGUCAUGUCCCCGGAAAUGUUCUUGGUCAACAGCAAUCAAAUUCUCCAGAAUUUGCCAAUCAAAUACAAUCCGGCUUUGCGAAACUAUCACAAUGCGGGCUACGACCUUCAGGAAUGGUGAGGAAAAAACGUUUUUUGACAGAACAUUUUGACAAACUUUACUCACUAGCUCACACAGUUGAAAAGCUGAAAAAAAUCUUAAAAUUUCAGGUUCCGAAAGCAUUUGAAUGAACACAGAGAGACUCGGACUGAUGGAUCGCCGCGCGACUUAAUGGACUUUCUUCUGGAGAAAAUGGAGGAAGACCCGGAGACUUUCACGUGACUUCUAUAACGAUAAAAUCAAACCUUCCGGGAACUUUAAGAGAGUUGGCUGUUCUUCUGAUCUGUGGAGACUUGUGGACCGGCGGCAUGGAAACUACCACAACUACGCUUCUUUGGGGCUUGAUCUACAUGAUUCGCAAUCCUGAAGUUCAGAAGCGUUGCCACGAAGAAAUCGUCAAGGUUAGAAAAAAUUUUAUGCGACUUUUGUGAAGUCACAAUGACUAGUUGAAAAUAACUAGUUUGAGAUCAAACAUAUCAACAAAAUUAUAGUGAACUAAGUUUAUUUUUGACAAAUUUCGAAGGGGCCUUUCACAAAAUUGAGAAACUUCCAAUGACAAUUGGAAAAAUUUACUUUAACCACUGGAAAUAGUAGUAGGAAAUUUCUGUAAUUCUCAGGUAUACGGAGUCGGUCAGCCCGAAAUUGAUCAGCGCAAAGAAACGCCUUACGUAAACGCCUGUUUGGACGAGAUUCAACGCCUUUCCAAUGUCCUUCCCCUUGCCAUACCUCAUACGUUUUUUCAGUCAGCCUGAUUUCUCGAUGAAACUUAAUUCAGUGCCACACGACAUUUCCGUCUUGGACGCUACGAAAUCGAACAGGGAACGGAGAUUUUGAUCGCAUUGACGAGUAUUUUGCACGACGAUAAGCUGUUCCCCAGUCCCUAUGACUUCCGUCCGCAGAGGUGAUCAAAAAGGCAUUUACCGCUAGCAAUAUUAAAAGAGGCUUUCCAUGAAAUUAUUAGAGAAAAUUGGAAAUGAAAGAUUUUUAUAACUUUCUGUAAUUUUUUUCUCUCAGCUAGUGAUUUGAGAGCUGUUUAAAGUUUGAUUCUCAGAUUCUUCGACGAGGAAAACGGCGCCUACAUGCCGAACAGACACUUGGUGCCUUUUGGUUUGGGACCGCGCAAGUGCAUCGGACAGAAAAUUGCCGAAAACGAGCUCUACGUCUUCUUCUGCAGCCUGAUCCAGAACUUCUUCUUCUACUCGGACCCGAGUAAUCAUUUGGUAUCGAAUAUAUAUUUUCACAAUAAUUUUACAGCUGAGCCUCUGCCUUCUUUGAACCGCAGCGAAGGAGGAAUCACCAGCCCGCCGGAGAAUUUCCUCGUCCGCAUCAAGAACCUCAACAUCCGCCACAACGACGAGACCUUCCCCACCAGUUGA